GGGCCGCACACAAAGGAAACCCGAGAGUAGUGUCUGGGCGUCUUCGAUCGCAUUUUCCCCAAAAUCGAAUCGUUGGAAAAUCGUUAAACCCAUCGCACUUGACUUGAAAAAUAUCGAAGAACGCGAGAGCGACACUCGCGAGAGCUGUCAUUGAAAUUUUCGCGAACAAAAUAUCGCUUAAUCAAGCGUAAGUUUCGCGCAAAAACGGCCUGUUGUGCCAGUGCCAGGCAGAGACGGUUGGCAGCCCUUUCGAUCAUCUGACAAUCAGCUGUGCUGUCCUGGUGUGUGUUUAUCACGUGUAGAGGUCUCCACCUAAUGAGCGCAAACCGCGUUUUAUCGACUAUCGGUAAGCAAACUCGAUGCAGCAGACGCACGGCACGACGUGGUGAUUGGCUUGGUGAGCACUCGUCGCGCGUGUAAUUAUCCAGUAUAGUUUUUUAAGUCCAACAACCGCAUAUUAGUUCAAAAUGUCUGGACGCGAAGGUGGCAAGAAGAAGCCUCUUAAGGCCCCAAAAAAGGAAUCAAAAGAGCUAGAUGACGAUGAAUUGGCAUUCAAGCAAAAGCAAAAGGAACAACAGAAGGCACUUGCGGAGGCAGCAAAGAAAGCAGGCCAAAAAGGACCACUUGUCACGGGUGGCAUAAAAAAGUCUGGAAAGAAAUGAUCCUUGUACUUUAAAUUAUUAAUUAUUAUUAAAAACAUCUCUUCUACUGCCACACA